AUGACCUCACAUAUCACGAACCAUCAUAAGUACUUUCCACCUCCCAGUAAUCAGAUUGAACUUCAUAUUAAUGAUCAGGAUUUUGAACACAUAUUCUCAAAUCCUUAUGUUAAAGAUCACUUAACAUCCACUUUCAAAGAUAAACCUAUCAAUAAAAAGGACUCUUGCAGAGCCAUUAACAACAACAACAACAACAUGGUUAAAGCAAGCAACAUCAGAGGAGGAACUCAAAGCAUUAAUGAGAUAAGACCUCAAAAGAACAAGUCUAAUAUGAGACUUAGCAAUCUUAAAGCUUUUAUGCGAAAUAAAGACAAUAAUAACCUAUCUAACGAGAUCAAAAACCCGAUAUGGACAAAUAAAGAUCAUCAACACAACGUAAACUGCAAAAACAUCAAUGAUAAGGACAAGGAUCCUAGUAUAGACUCUAUCAACAACAAUAACACUAUGAAGAAUAAGUACCUUUCCAAAAGAAAAAUCAUAAAUUUUGACUCCAUCAUACACAAGCCUCAAAAUAAUAGCAUGCAAGAUAGAGAAGAGAUCAGAAAGGAUAAAUUGAUUAACCAAAAUCAAAUCAAUCAGAAUUGUAAGCACAAACCUGAUGUUGAAGACAAAGAUAUUGAGAAAUCCCCGUCGGCUAAGGAUUGGAUUUAUUGUACCUUAGAUGCGAGCUUAGUCGUUGAAGGGAUCCGAGGAUUAUUAGUCAUUUUCACAAUUUGGAUGGCGAGAUAA